AUGGGAUCGCGUGGUACUGAGAGACCGCAUCUUGUCUCGUAUACAAACUCCCAACAUCCAAUUUAUUUACCAGGUUAUGAACUAGGUCAUGCUCCAGUCUACUCGAAUGUCACCAACUCAAACGGCCAGCAUGUCGUAGUUGGACUGCCUCCUCCUCACAAUCCAGGGCACCAUUUCAGUGCAAAUCUUGACCAUUCAUCUUCAAAUUACGACAGGCCAUUUAGAUGUGAUCAGUGCCCGCGAUCCUUUGACCGUAAUGUCGAUUUUAAGCGACAUAAGAGGAUACAUCUGGCAGUGAAGCCAUAUCCAUGUACCCACUGUGAUAAAAGCUUUUCUCGCCAAGACGCUUUGAAACGCCAUAUACUUGUGAAGGGUUGUGGCAAGGUUCCUGCCAAUCCAGACGACGUAAAGCGCGAACAUGAUUCUUUAAAAGCA